CAGCUUUGUUGAGUGUUUUUAGUGUCCAUGAUUUAGAUAGUAGAUCAGCGAACCUAUUUGCGCACUGGAAAUUUUGCUGUCAUGUCUUUUUGAAGUUCAGCUGUUGAGGCAUCGGAUUUGGUCGUCCUUCGCUCAAAUUCAACCACUUCGUAUUGGAGCCUUUGUAUAGAAUUGAACGGUCUGAGAAUUGACAUACAUUUCUUUAGAAUGGGGGUACAAGUAUUGGUCUUAUUCGGCGUCACGUCGUUGUUGAUGUGGGCAUUGCCCCUUUGGGUUUUGUACGCUUUCAAUCACAAGCUAUUCCCGGGCAGUGAAGGGUUGUCUCAGCAGUCGACUACAUUGUGGAGCGGAUUACUUGCAGUUCUGUCAGUUAACGUUGUGAUCAUAUUUUACAUCAUCUUAGCGCUGCGAGAGAAGCCAGUGGCAGCAGCACCACAUCCUGAUCCUGCCUUCUUGUCCAAGGCUAGAGCUAGCAUGACGAAAAACCAAGCCCAAGAUCAAGACACGCCUCAGUCAGCUGGAAGUGCCGCAAAGACUGAUUGAGGUUGUAGUAUAACUGUUUCAGCAAGCUUUUUGUUUGUUACGGGUCUGCUACUCGUUGCGCAGCUGGCUUCGUCUCACUAUGGCCUCUUCAAUUUCAAAUCCAUCCACAAUUUUUUUCUCGGUCCAAUCUACUUCGGGGCCUUUGUUAGGAGUAUCAGUGGCUGGCUCUGCAGCAGGUGACAACGCCCAUACAGGCUAUUUAAUAAAUUAAGGUAUCCUGUUAUUUCAGUCUCAUUGCGUUGAUUUGUUCACAUGGAUUGUUUAUUCCACUGUGAAGAAGUGUAGUUCCCGUCUUGAAGUGGUGCUUUGAACGUCCAAAGUUUAUUGUUCUUGUGGCCUGGGCUAGCUUCUAUAUUCCAUCCUCGCGAAAUUAGAGUGUGCUAGAAGGAUAGAAUUAAACGUGCUGUCUGAAAUGCAAGACGUGAAAUUUUGGGGUAGUCAAGUUGUGAAUGUUUUACGAAGGUAGCGUUCGUGAGCUAUAUCGGUUGAACAACUUUUGCUGCCUACACGAACAAUUAAUCUGAAGAACUACUCUUAUAUUAUCUGUGUUGUCACUAGGUAGCACCUAAGAAAGAACAUCAAUAACAACAGAUGUCAAUUUAGCUUUCAUUGUUUUGGAACGGGGCCUUGUGCAACCAUUGGAAAAGCUUGGCCUUUAGGAUCUAUAAUAUUCGUGGCUGUUACAACAGCUGCAGUUCAUUCUAAGUUAUGAGGAGCCGGGUGUGACGUCUUUCAGCUAGGCGAUGUAGUUUGCCCAACCAUAGGAGUGAUCCUUUCAGACGGCUAUCUCGUCUUCAUGGUUGGGAAGCAAAUUUAGUUGAAGAGAAUUGGGGAGCUCACUCCUGUUUUCCCAGAGGAUGUAAUUUCGACCAGGCCAUAGUGGGCGGAUGAUCCUCAGAAUCCCAAGUAUGGAACCUGGUGGACUUCAAUCUGCGUGCACCCUAUGUUAACCAGUAUCAUCAUGCGGCACUUUUGGAGGACCUGAGUGGGUCCUUUCACUGAUAAUUUGUAUUAAUGCCGUUGCUACUAAUAUUAUUAAGGUCUAGAAAGUGAUGUGUAAAAUUUUGGGGAUCUGAGCAUUUUGUUUGGUCCUACUUAUUCACUAAGUUCAAGUUUGCUAGUGUACUAAAAAGAACAUUAAGUAUAGUCUGAUUGCAGAAUUUAGAUAUCUGCAAAUCAAGCAGGAGUUUUGCUUUUAAUGGAAGUCCCUCUUGUGCUGAAGUUCAUGAUUCCACCAGAGAUGGGAUACUGUUUUCUAAAAGUCUGAGGCUUAGGUCCUCCUUCCGUUAAUUUACAAUACAGUCAUCUUUGACGUCCUGGCUUAGCCAUCUGUUUAACGUAAGUGUAACUUAAACUUGGAUGAAAUGAGCAUUCGAUUUGAGUUUUCUGCGAGACUUGGGUUUCUGGCUGUGGCACACAAGGGUGGAUGUCUUCCAUGAUGACAGUUGUGAUCACCAUGAGAGUUUCAAUAGCUCCAACAAGCAUUACAUGUUCUAUUAGUUUUGACUAAUGAUGCGAACCAGCUCUGUUUGUAUGUAGAAAAAAUCUUUUUUGCAGAAAGAUUUGUCCCCUGGUGCAAGAGCAGUUUGCUUCAGACAUGAGAUCAGGUGCCACGACCUUGGAGAUGAGAAAUCAACUCAUGAUUUCCCAUGUACUGUCGGAAUAAGAACUUCUACCAUAUCGGCGUAUUUCAAAAUUAUCCAUGACCUGUGUCUUCGAGACAACACUCAUGUUUCAAAGUCCGUUGUUCUGAUGAUGAAACAGUUGGGGGCGGUGGCGCUACGUACAAUUCACAGUCAACACAUUAUCAACAUUGUAAUCUGUUGUAUUCAAGAUCUGAUAUGCACAACGUUGGUAAUGGUGAUAAUGUGCUGUGCAAGGACUGUGAGCACCACACCCUACUCUCGACCUCAACAUAACGAGACUUUUGAGCUUCCUCUCGCAUGCUGCUGGGGUGGACAGCGAAACUCAACUAAAAAGGUGAAGAGGCGACUUGCACAGAAGAGCCAUGCAGCAUGCCAUGUCCUGGCCACCUCCCUCCUUCUCUCUCUCUCACACACUCUCUCUCUGUGGGUACCACAAUAAGCUUCAAGCUGCACUGCCGGCCACGAAGCACUGAUCAUUCUGACGAGCCUUGAUCGGCAGCAGAGAAGCGGCCUCGGGACACGAGAUCAUUCUCUAUUAAAUUCCUUGGCCAGUGGCAGAGAGUGCAGGAACAGGAAGGUGGAGCUGAGGGGGAGGGGGAGAGACAGAUAUAUCCUACAACUAACCUGGUGGCACUGGGCUGCUGGCUGGCUGGGAGGCACCUUGAUCAUGGCUGUGUGUCUCAUGGUGUUAAGUUAUGUGUGGCCGGGUUAUGGCUUCCAAGCUCUCAUUGAAGGCCCUCCCUCCCCAUUGACGAUGAUCAUGAGAUGCCUCCACCACCGCCCUGGCUACCAUGCUGAUGCUGCACCAGCUCAGGUGCUUCUUCUGAACUAUGGCACACUGAGUCUGAUUCCCUCCCUCCCUGCCUAAUGGACACUGUUCCCAGCCAGUGUUUUGCUUUUGUUUGUUCUUGUUUUUUUUCUUGUCUGAAUUAUUAUUAUUUUAUUUUUAUUUAUUUGUUGUUUUGUUUGGUACA